CAUCAAGGUCACACACACACACACACACACAAACACUUCAAGGGGGGUGGGGGCGAACCUGGUAAAGGGUGUCAGAGUUUUCCCUUUUCUUCUCUUUUCUUUUGUCUGUAAAAUAUAUACCACACACAUAGAAAAUGACCAUGCUUGAAGCAACUGGAUUGUCCAUGCAAGUUGGCGAUGGCCGCUGGCUUUUUAAAGACAUUGACAUUUACCUUUGCAAGGGCGAUGUCUUGGUUUUACGAGGUCCCAGUGGUGCUGGAAAAACAACCUUGUUAAAGUGCCUAGCAGAACUGGUUCCUUACGACGAAGGAGAGGUCAAACUGUAUGGCAAAGAAGCUGCUGAAUACGGUGUACCCCUGUGGCGAUCACGUGUCAUGUAUGUCCCUCAGCGACCUGCGAUCCACACGGGCACGCCGCUGGACUUAUUUAACAUGGCAAAGAACUUUGCGAGCCAAAAGGAAAAGAAAAACUUGGGUGAUCCUGCACAAAUCGGUAUGGAAUGGAACUUGUCUGAAUCACACUUUACUGAAAGUUGGAGCAACUUGUCUGGAGGAGAAAUGCAGCGAGCUGCGUUGGCUGUUGCAUUGGCACUGAAUCCCGAAAUCUUGUUAUUGGAUGAACCUACAUCGGCUCUUGAUCCGGAAUCAUGCUUGCUUGUGGAAAAGACGCUCAAGACCAAGACGUGUAUCUGGAUCACGCACAGUGCAGAACAGGAGAGUCGAGUGGCUACAAACACAUUGACGUUGAAGCGGUUGGCAUCGAAAUCAGCUGAAGCGGAUGAUGCAUUAUCGGACAGAACUGCUAAUGAAACCACCAUCUCCAUGUAAAACAAAAAACACACCAUUGUUCUUUUUUCCUCAAGUCAGUUGAUCAUAAAUAUACCUCUCUUCGUCCUUGCAUUGCAUAAUUUAUCUUUCUUCCACCCCUCUUCCCCCCGCUUUUUUUUUCUGCUGCUUCUGUUCUAAAGCAUACACAUAUUAAAAAGAAAAAAUCACAUGCUUUCUUUCUUUGGUUCGAUGAAUGAUUGGAGUAAAAGUAUGUAUAUAUAUAUUUUUUUCUUUUUCAUUAUAUAUAAUCGC